AUGAAUAAAACGUUAGAAAAACUGAGCGAAAUUACAUAUGUAAUGAUCGAUGUAGAAAACCAUCCAAACAGUGUAUUUUAUAUUGUUAUUAAAAGAAUCCCUGGUAGUCUACUUGAAAUGGAAGAAUUACGGUUACAUGUCUAUUUUACCGUUGAUAUUAUGCAAAAUAACAAAACUAGAUUUACGUAUGUAUUAUAUACAAUCUCUGUUGAAAUUGAUAAAGACUUCAAUAGUUGGGAAGAUACAAAAAUUCUAUCAUUAAAUUUUUCAAAUCAUAAAUGA